CAUUAAAAAGCAUCUUAUGCGUGGGAUUGAAGCUUGAUGACGAAUUCACCAAUGUGGUAUCCGUCACGCUUGCCACCCUUUGAGCGCCAUUCCACGCAAGCUUCUAACGAUAGGAGAAGCUCAACGAACAAGUCCGCCAAACCACACCCGCUUAACCACAAUCCCCCAUACACAUUCAAAACCUCGAUAAUCAUGACUGACAAAAUUGACAUGUCUCUUGAUGACAUCAUCAAGAAGAACAAGCCCGCCCGUGGCGGAGGGCGUGGUGGAGCCAGCGGGCGCUCUCGCGGAGGUGGCGCAGCCGGACGGGGAAGUCGCGGAGGAGCGCCUCGCAGAGGAGGCCGCGGAGGCGCUGCCGUCGGUGGUGCACGCCGCUCGGCCGGUGGCGCAGGUGGCCGAGCCGCUAGUCGUCCCUAUACUCGUGGAAACGCUGAUGGAAGCUGGAAGCAUGACCUCUUUGACGGACCUCGACGAGGGGGAGUGGCCACCUCAUCCGGCCCAGCCAAACUGAUUGUAUCCAAUCUUGAAUUUGGCGUAUCGGAUUCCGAUAUCCAAGAGCUCUUCUCAGAGUUUGGACACCUCAAGCAAGCCGCUGUUCACUACGACCGUUCCGGGCGCUCAUUGGGAACCGCAGAUGUGGUCUUUGACCGUAAAGCCGACGCCAUCAAAGCCAUGAAGCAGUAUAAUGGUGUUCCGUUGGACGGCAGAGCCAUGAGCAUCCAGUUGGUGGGUUCCUCUGCCGAAGUAUCCAAUGGAUCUCCCCGUAGAUCCAUGGGUGGUGCUCCUACCCGGCGAAUCCGAGGUACCGACAGACGCCGCUCAGGGGGAGGAGCUGGAGGGCGUGUCGAGAAGCCCAAGCGCGGGGCGGGCCGUGGUGGAGCAGGCAAAGCUGCUGGCGGACGCGGUGCCAAGCGAGGGGGUCGUGGAGGAGCCAAGAAAACACCCACUCCCACCGCCGAAGACUUGGACAAAGAAUUGGACUCUUACCUCAAAGCCCGUUAACUCAGAAGACUCUCCUCCUGAAGUACAAGAUAUGUGUGUGUGUGUUAAAAGAAGAAGAUAAAAAAUUGGAUCGAGCCAUCCAUGAAUAAGACCCGCUCCAAAAGCAACGAUGCUCGACCUCAAACGUGUGUGUAUGAACCCUUAUUGGAAGCCGGCGACGCCCUUGAAGGGAGCUCCACCUUCAAUUCAACCAUGGAAAACAAAUAUAAGAUUCAUGUAACCUCAAACUCCCGCUGUCAGAAUUCUCAGUUCAAACCUUGUCCUGGAUCUAGUGGUUGUCCCUAUACCCAUUUUAGCAACCAAAGUCGCCUAUUCCGAGAACGAGAGACAACCCCAACGAAAAGACAUCCUACCAAACAAAAGCUGAAUCAAUCCAUCGAUGAAAAUGACGAAGACACAAACAAAUCAAGCACCUAAAACCCAUCAUGUCCAGUUCCCCAAACCCUCCCCCUAUACACCCACCCAACCUUCUUCCCCGAUGUGUUGUCUCUCAGAAGAGGUUCUUAGAACGGGCUACGACUUUGGUUGAAAGGAUGUACCGACUUUCACGAUCAAAUCCACAUGGAGCGGAUCUGAUCCUUUGUUUAAGAAACGGCGCUCGAUCAUUCAUUCACCGAAUUAUCGAACCCAAAGCUCGUGCGAGCCAUGCAUGGGUUGAUUGGUUGGCAAUUCACUGAACCACUUAAGGAUCGGCGUGCGAUCAGACUUGCCCAUAUGACUGACCUCUCGUGGUCCCGCUGAGAAUCAUUAUUGCGUUGUUCGCAACCUCUGGUAGUGACAUUCAAAUCCACCAAUGGCUCACUUGCUGACGACUCACUGGUCCUUAAAAUCCAUCUGGUGAUGGUGAUCCCUGAAAAGCCAAGGGCCCGAUUUGAAAAGUCGACAAUGGUGCACUGAUCCCACGUUGGAAUUACGUGCUUGAUAGAGAUCCAACCAACCAAUGUGACUCUCAUAUUCAUGUUGGUUGGGUUGAGAUGAUGGAUUGAUCGGUCACUUGCGGUCAAGUGAAAGCACUGAUAUGGUCGGCAAUCUAUUUGCACCUGUGGUGACGUGCUAGAUCACAGAAAGCCUUUGUGCUGGGUUGAUCUCUCUGGGAUUGCUUUCUGUGCGCCUUUGAUCGCUUGAUAGAAGGGCGGGCAUACCUGCAUAGUAACACCCCCACCCACCCCCGGACAGUGGCUGGGAUGGGGUUUGGUCGAAAUGAGCUUAAAAGGUGUCUAAAACCUAUUAUACAUGGUAGCCAACCUGUCAAUGGCUAACGACUCUACACUUCUAAUUGGUAUUCUUCAAGGGAUCAUACUGUCUCCGCCACCACUGUAAAUUGGUUUCGAUCCUGACGGCAAUCGACUGAAAAUGACCCGUUUGGUAUUCUUAAAUCAACUUUUAGCUGUGAUAGUGUAACGAAAAGGCUGUGAAAAUUUAAAAAAAAUAUUUAUGUUUUCUUUA